AGAGCAGAGAGUAGGAAAAAAAAAAAAACAGAAAAGGAAAAGAACAAAAGGAGGUAAGAAGUGAGGCGGAGAUUGGUGCAGCAGCAGCAGUGUAGCGAGCGAUGGAGAUAAAUCCGCCUCAAACCCUAGCUUUCCUACCCGAAGCAGCUUCCGACUUCGCAUCGUACCCUGGAGCACAAACAAAUGCUUCGGCCAAGGAAUUCCUUGAUCGCUUUCCCCUUCCCCUCAUAUUCAGUGCUCUGCAAAGUGAAGGGGAUGUGUUUGGGUUAGAAAGUACCUUGGUUUCUUGCCUAGAAAGGAUAUUCAACACAAAAUAUGGCGCUUCUCUCAUCCCGCAGCAUAUGCCAUUUGUGCAAGUUGGUCUUCAGGCAUACUCUCAGUUGGUCAGAUGCUUAGCUUGUAAAGCUGUUUCUUGUCUUUUGGAGAAUGUCAAUGAAGAUACUGCAAGUGCUGUGCAACUUGUUACUGAAUAUGAUGUAUACCCACUUUUAGUUAAUUGCCUCAUCGAUGGCAAUGAACUAGUUGCAGCGGCUUCAAUGGAUGCCAUUUUGAAUCUUGCCAGGUUCCCCGAUGGGAUUGGUAUCGUCUUCCCAACAAAUACUGAUGAAGCUAUGCACCUAAAAAAUAUAGCAGCUCGCUGUUCAUCACUGGCACGGAUUCGGGUUUUGGCCCUUAUUGCAAAGCUCUUCUCAAUUUCUAGCUCUGUGGCAUCAGCAGUUUAUCACUCUAACCUCCUUGGGUUGUUGGAAGCAGAAGCUAAUGACACAAAUGAUAUGCUUAUGACUUUGAGUGCUUUUGAGCUCUUGUGUGAGUUAGCUGAAUCUCCACAUGGGACAGAGUUCCUCAUUAGGACCACAUUGCUUCAGCAAUUGACUUCUAUGAUCAGCAAUACAUCUGCGGAAGCUAUUUUACGAUCAAGAGCAAUUUUGAUAUGUGGAAGGCUUCUUUCCACAGAUAAUUUAUUGACUGUUGCUGAUGAAUCUAGUGUUAAAACUGCUCUUUUGGCCAUAGACGGAAGAUUGGAGUUGUUGAAAAGUCAAGAUACAGAUGAAUGUGAGAGUGCACUUGAAGCUUUGGGUCACAUUGGAUCUUCAAAUCAAGGAGCUUCUUUGCUACUUUCAAGUUCAUCACCUGCAGUAAGACAUGUUGUGGAGGCAGCUUUUGAUCGGCAAGGAAGAAGUAAACAACUGGCUGCUUUGCAUGCUCUUGCAAACAUUUCUGGGGAAAACCGAUCACGAGAUAGCAUAAUGCUAAAUGAUGAUGCAGAAGAAUUCCUUCGGCGCUUGAUCUAUGCAGCAGCUGCUGAAAGCCCAAAGCUAACACCUUCAGGUUUGUUUCUAUCAGUUUUGCAACAGGACUCAGAAAUUCGAUUGGCGGCCUAUAGGAUGAUAACUGGACUGGUGACUCGGCCAUGGUGCUUGUUGGAGGUUUGCUCAAAGCAGGAGAUAAUAAAUAUAGUGACUGAUGCUCACAUCGAAACCACCAAAAAAGGUAUGGAGGCCCGAUAUAGCUGCUGCACAGCCAUCAACAAGGCCCUAUCUGCUUCUAACAAAGUCAAUGACGCAGCUUUUAGUGGAAUUGUGUCUAAGUUACAGGAAGCUGUUAAAAGGGGGCCUUACCUUGCCAAAGACCUAACUGAAGCGCAGCCUGCUGUGAUGACCGCUGAGAGAUUUUAAGUUUUUUAACUUGUCGUGCAAAGCAUAGAUGGUAAUAUUAUAUAAAUCAAUGAUGUAUACUACAAUCUUUGUUUUGGAAUUUUGAGCAAUCAAACAUGAAACCUUGAUUUGGCACAA